AUGGGCAUCGUCCUGCGCGUGGGCAAAUGCAUCGAGCAAUCAGAUCGUGAGUGUGCCAAGCAGGUGGGAGCAUUUGAUGCUCGCGUCCACAAGUUCAACGCCGCCAGCGCGGCGCGCAACCAGGAACAGCUGACCGUGGCCAAGCGCAAGCAGAAUCGCAAGCAGAAGUUGACCGUGGCCACGCGCAAGAAGAAUCGCGACCGCGGCCGCGAGUUCACGAGCUCAGCUAUCAAAGCAAUGCGUUUCGCAGCAAGCCCGCAGGAAUAUCAUUCCUGCCUGGCUCGUCGUUUUAAGAGCUAUACGGCAACAGUUUCCAACGUCAAGCCAGGCAUGGCGAUGGCCCACCAUGCCAGGCAGCAGCGCUGCGCCAACAAUAUCAUCGAGGGCGUGCAGCGACCAGAUUUCAUCGAUGCGAGGCAACUUGGCAGCGUGCUGGCAGCGCGCGCAACUCCGCCACGCGCGUUCACCGCGAACUCGGCCGCCAACAUAUUCGCCGGCACGCGCAAGCGCGAGCCCAAUCCCAUCGAGGAAUGCCGGGCGGCGGCGAACUGGGGGAACGCGGUGGUCAAUGCCAUGCUCUGCGCCUUGCAUGCAUUGCAGAAGUCUUUGGGAGAUGCGGCCGUCGCGUUAGACGCUUCGCCGACGCCGGGCGUUCGUGGGGAGUCCGUGGAUAAUUAUCCCUGUGACCAGCGGGGGGCGGCCGGGGCCGUGGGAGUCCCAGCUCAAGUAGGUUCUGAUCGCAAGGAGCGCGGCGCUGCGAAGCAUGGCCGCAAGGGGAAAACCGCGGCCCUCAUGCGUGACAGGUGCGCGCUGGAAAGUAGCCGCCCGGAGCCAGUGUCCCUGGCGAUCCAACGGUACUUCGAGGUCGAGGACGUCGAGAACGGGAACUUCAUCAAAGCGCUCCGUAAGAUCAACCUGUCCGGGCUGACGGGGCUGCGUUGCCGCUUCGAGUCUGUCCUCGGCGAGUGCGACACGUUCAGGGUUGUGGAUCGACGCCUCGAAAAUGGCAUCCGCAUCAGGGUGCCGGCAGACGUCGGGAGUCGCCGCGCCGGCAAUCGGCACGGCUGCCAAGCUGGAGAUUCCAUGGGGGGCCUUACCAUCAAGGGCGUUCUGCGCGAGGCGGUGGCUUUGCAAACGUCCGCGCUCGCAGGAGGCGGCGAUCUCCGGGAAAGCAUGUCGGAUGAGGGCGAGGCAAAGUACGGCAGCGUGACACUUGCGCUCGACGCUUCCAGCGAUUGCGGCGCUGACCUGACGGACGACGACUGCGACGUCGACUCCGCCGUAGACGUUGACGCUGGCGACGCCAGCGCCCCUGGACAGUCCAAGAGCACCGCGCCGCGCCCCGAGGGGGCUUGUUCUAUCAGCGCCGCCGAAGACGCAUUCAGCCCCGGUUUGUCGGACAACGCGCCGUCACUGACAGCGUUGUCUAAGCAGUGGGAGGCGGAGGGUGUCGAGCGGCUGCGCGUGGAGGACUGCGCGCUGGAGGCGGGGGGCCUCGCGCUGCUGGGGCGUGUGCUGGAGCGGCUCGGCGUCGGCGCCGCGGCCUGCCCCGCAGAGGGGAGCGCGGCCUCGGCGGAAGACGACGAGGCGUACGGCGAGGGCUUCGACCUCUUCGGAGGUGCGCCCGAAGAGGGUGAUGCGGCGUCGGCUGCCGGCCCAGCCGAAGCUGCGGCGGUGGCCACGAGCAAAGUCCCGCGCGCCGCCACAGACGGGUGCGGCCUCAGGUCGCUCGGCAUCGUCGACUGCCCGGGCGCCUCCAGCGACGCCUGGUCCCCCUUCUGGCGCCUCCUCCCCCCGACGCUCACCGAGCUGGACCUCUCCGGGAACGCCCUCGGCGACCACGCCGUCGGCGCGCUGUGCGGUGCGCUGCGCCCCAGCGGCGCGACCCUGCAGCUCUCGCUGCGCUCGAACCGCUGCAAGGAUGUGGCGCGCCUCUGCGGGCUGGUGGCCUGCGGUCGCCUCGGCGCGCUCGACCUCACCGACAACUCGCUGAACGACAAGAGCGCCGCCCAGCUGGCCGAGGCGCUGCCGUCCCCGGCCGCGGUGCUGCGCGUGCUGGCGCUGUCGAGGAACAGGCGCCUGACCUCCGCGGGCCUCGCAGGCCUCGCCGCGCAGCUGCCCGCGUCCCCCUUGCGCGCCCUGCGCCUCGACGGCACCGGGCUCUGCGACGCGCUGGACCUCGGCGGCCUCGAGGCCGCCCUGCCGCGCUGCGCCCUGGACGAGCUCCGCGUGGACGGCACGCGCCUCUCGGACGCGGGGGCCAGGCGCCUGCUGCUCGCCGCCCAGCGCUCCCCCGGCGUGCGCGCGGUGACGGUCGACGAGGGCGGCGAGCGGCUGCGGUGGCAGCGGUGCGCGGGCCCCGCGGGCGUGCUGCUAGCUGGGCUGCUCCCGGGGGCGGGCGCGGGCGCGGCCAGCGCGUAG